CUUUCAUCGAGGUGUGGCCGUGAAGCUGAGCGAUGGCAUCCAAGCUGGAAGCACUGAAGCGAUACAUGGGCGGCGGAGCUCCUGAGGAAAAGCUGAAGAAGAAACGCAAAAAGAAGAAGACGGAUGGAGGGUUCGGCAUGUUUGUUGUGGAUGAUGAAGAUGCGUGGGACGAUUCCGUCGCAAAACAAGCGAAGAAAAAGGAUUUAUGGCAGGACGAGCGCACUGACUACGACGAAGACCAACCAACCAUUGUCGGCGAUGGGGCAGACGAGUACGAUCCUGAAUCCCAGCCCGUCGUGGCAAACGCAGAAGAGUUCCUUGAGCGGGAGCGGGCCGAGGAGUUGGAGAAGCAGUGGUUGGCUCUCGAGAAGAAUCCAUCGACAGAUGCUUCACCGCCCCGAAAAGAUCGACAAAAGGAUGCGUCUCCACCACGAAAAGCCCAUCAGCUAGUCGACUCCAGUCCCUCCACACAUCAUGCACCUGGACAGUUCGAAGACUUGUCUCCACCACGAAAGAAUCGCAAUCAUGACAAGUCUCCUCCGCGGCAGCACGUGAGAGAGAAUCAAACUCAGCGGGAGACCUCGUCUCCUCAACGCCGUCCUCAAGACGAUGCAUCACCUCCUCGUCGACUCAAGCGGGAAACAUCAUCCCCGCAACGACGCCCACGGGAGGAUACCUCAUCACCUCGUCGCAAAGUUCAGGAAAAUCUCUCUCCCCCACACAGUCGUGGCGACGACGUCUCACCAUCCCGCCGACGACACUAUUCCUCUCCCCAUCGCCGUGAUGCGUCGCCACGUCGCCGAUCGAACCGGGACGACUCGUCAUCUCCACGGCGGUGGCGAAAACAGAAUUCAUCGUCGCCCAGACGAUCUCGAUUUGACAGAACGCCCCCGCUUAGUUGGGAACGAUCCGCAUCCCCCCGGCAGCUCAGUCGAUACGAUUCAGCAUCUCCACCUCGUCGUUCUCAUCGUGGCACCACGUCGCUACCCCGACGUAGCCGACGUAGCACGGACAGAUCACCGCCACGCAAAUCUCAACGGGACUUUUCCCCUCCUUAUAACCGCAGCCGACGAGACGAGAGUUCCUCGCCUCGUCGCUAUGACAACGAUGGUUCGACACCGCCCCGCCGCCGCUCUCGCUUUGAUAAAGCGCCGUCCUCGUCACGAAAAGAAUCACCCCCGAGACGUUCCCAUGGGACCAAGUCCUCGACAUCCCCUCCGCCUUCUCGACAAGCUGCCUCACCUCCUCGCGUGAAGUCGACAGCGAACACCAGUCGGCGUGAUGACGACGCUGCUCAAGCAUCGUCGCCUCAUCGCCAAACGGUGCCGGACCAAAGCGCGCUGGGUGGGGUGUUUACUGGCAAAGAGUUCAAGGCCCAGCAAGACCAGCUUCGGGCGUCGCAGCAAGCCGCGUUCCACGACGAGGAACUAAUGGGAAAGCAGGCCGAAACCGUGUACCGUGACAAGCGAGGUACGUAGCAAAACACCAAGCUGUCGUCGUAUUCUCCUGGAUGUCUGUAGGGCGCAAGUUGGACAUGCUCAUGGAGAUGCAGCGGCAACAGGAGAUCCAGGAAGGCAAGAGAAAACGCGAAGCAAAGGAAGAAUUUGAGUGGGGCACAGGCAAAGUACGGAAAGAAGAGCUCAAAUCGCAGCAGAACGAACUCGAAGCAAUUCGAGCCAAGCCGUUUGCACGACACAACGACGAUGCCGAGCUUGAGAAGUUGCGCAAGGACAAGCAGCGCGACUUUGAUCCGAUGCAAAGUUCGCUUUUCAAGGACGAACUGGACGAAAAAGUCAAACGUGUGCCAAAGAAGAACGAAAAGCCCAAGUACUCGGGGCCCCCCGCGCCCCCCAAUCGCUUCAACAUUCCCCCGGGAUAUCGUUGGGACGGCGUUGUGCGAGGGAACAAUUGGGAGGAAAAGGCCCUUCUCAAAGUGAAUGCACGCAAGGCACUCAAGCAGGACAUGUACCAGUGGGCCACGGCCGACAUGUAAUGAAGAAACAUGGUGACAGAAACAUCUUUUCAUUCGUGG